AUGUUAUCAGUUGCUAGAUCAACUAGUAAGUCAUCUCGCACACCAACAACAACAAGAAAGAAGAUGCAUAAAAAUGUCACCGAACUAACAUACUUAGGUUAUCCCACUCUAGGUAAUAUACAAGUUUCAGAAAAUGGCUUAGCUCAUGUCACACAAACGUCACGAAAAUCGACAAAUAACCUAACCGACUGGUUAACUGUACUAUCUGAGACACUUGAACCACAUACACUGUGGGAUCACACCCAAUUUACUAACAGUCUGGAAUCCAGCGUAGAAAUGUGGAAAAAGUCAUGCCUUUAUUUAUGCAUAACUGAAGAACAAAGGUAUUUAUCAACCUCAAAAACAGAUACACCUCAGUGUUUCUUAUUACAAAAUCUACAAAAACGAAGUAAUAAGGCUGAAAAGUAUGAAUCACUCGGUGGAGAAUCACAACAAAGGAAAAAUGCUAUUCUAAGACAAUUUACAAGUUCACUGUGCCCAAGGUCAUGUGAUGACAUUUCAAUAAGACGUGAAACCGCAUAUGGUGAUGAAAGUCAAAGAAAGGACGAUGAAAAAAGUGCAUUUAUUCAAUGGGCAGAAAGAUGGAGGUGCGUAAAUACGGAAUUUACGGCACGUCAAUUAAUUAGCGAUCCUAAAAGAUUUCAUAAUGAAAAUUUAACAAAUGCCCCUGGAAAAGAAGCUGAUAGUCAUGAACCCUUAAAGAAAUCGAAUAAUAUUGCUGAUGACAUUGAGAACAAACAGUACAUAAAGACGUCUGUUCAUCAGCAGAUUAUACCAAAAGAAACAACAACAACAACAGUAAACUACGGGAUAUAUAUGGAUACAUUGAAAACAAUGUAUGAGACAUUGGUAAGUCGACCAUUGUGUAUGCUACAUCAAGGUAUUAAAGAUGUAGCUGGUCAACUGAAAACAACACAUAAAUUCAAACAAUCUGAAAGUGUAAGCAAAACAUUGAAAGAAAUGCGAAAUUUCUUCACAAAACAAUGUGUGAAAUGA